AUGUCAGUCGGUUUGCAAGCUGUACCGCUAGAGAAUGAGAACGAUUUGAAUUGGGAUGUCUCGCCAGAGAGGGGUCAUGUCGAAGUGAAGUUCUGGCCCUGGAGUGACAACGAUAUUGAUGCCAACGACGAUGACGACAAAGAGGAAGUGGAGGAUCGAGAUGAUAAGGACGACGAUGACAAAUACGACUUCGAUGACAAGGACAGAGACGACGACUUAGAUGAUAGGGAUGAUGAUGAUGACGACAACGACGAUAAAGCUGUUAGAGACAGAAGUCGAUACAGAAGUAGGAGAAGAGGAGGUCGUCCGUAUUACAGAGAUGACGACGAUGACAAGAAGGGCAAGGACGAUGACGACGAUGACAAGAAGGACAAGGACGAUGAUGACGAUGCCGAUGACAGCGACGACUAUGAAGGAGGAAGAGGACGGAAGAAGGGAAGGAAAGGCAGUCGCCGAUUUGACAAAGAUAGAGACGACCGCGAUUCUGAGGAUUCCUUGUGGAAACUCCUUCGUAAGGCAACGCGAAGGGAAUGGGAGGAUAUGUGUCGGCGAUUGCGUAGUCGCUAUGUCUUCGGUCUGGAUUAUGGUCGUGACUAUGACAGGGAUAACGAUAAGGACGAUAAUAAUAAUUAUGAUGAUGAUGAUGGUUACUAUGAUGACGACCGAGAUUGA